UAAUAUAAAAAUUAAUAGAACAAUAAUAUCCUCAAUUUGAAAGAGUUAAAUGGUUAAAUGAUGAAUAUGCAUAUUAAUUUUUAUUACCAAAUCUAGAAAUACGCAAAAAUAAAGAUUUUAAAAAAUAUCUUGAUUUUCUAAAAGAACAAGAUGCUUUAGGUUAAAUUUCAAGAUAAGAGUUAGUAUCAAUGUUACCUGUAAUAAUAUUAAAUCCAUAAAAAAACGAAAAAAUAUUAGAUAUGUGCGCAGCUCCAGGCUCUAAAAGUAAAUAAAUUCUUGAAAGAAUUAAAAAUUGUGAAAAUUCAAUACUUUUUUCAAACGAUAUUAAUAAAAAUAGAGCAUUUAUGCUAGCUUUUCAUGCUUCAAAAUUAAAUUCUUAAUGUUCUAUUAUUACAUCAAAUAAUUCUUUAAAUUUUCCAUAAAUUGAAGUCUUUGAUAAAGUUUUAUGCGAUGUGUGCCUUGCUCAGGCGAUGGUACUAUUAGAAAAUAAAAAAGUUUAUUAUAUAAAUGGUCAAGUAAAAUUGGUAGAAACUUGCAUUGUUUAUAAUUAGGUAUAUUAUUAAGAGGAAUUUUUUAACAAAAGUUGGAGGAUAAAUAGUUUAUUCCACAUGCUCAAUGAAUCCUUUGGAAAAUGAAGCAGUUGUUUCAGCUGCUUUAAAUAUUUUAAAAGGUUUUAUAUGCUUAGAAAAUUUAAAUAUAUCUUUUUAAGAUUUUAAAAAAGCAAAAAUAAUAAAUAAAUGGCCUGUUGUUUAAAAAAAGUUAAGCAAUGCUUAUUGGAAAUUUGAAGAUAUAUAGGAAAAAUAUUUAUAAAUUAAAGAUAAAUAUAUUUUUUAAAGUAUGUUUCCAUAAGAAAAUGUAGAUUUUUGUUUGAGAAUUCAUCCACAUUUAAAUAAUACAGGAGGAUUCUUUAUCGCAAAAUUUUAAAAAAUAAGUCAUUUUGAAUAAAAUUUAAUAUAAGAAUAUAUAUAGAGAAUUCAUAUAUAUGAUUUUUAAUAUGAUAUUUAAGAAUAAAAAAAUAAAAAUGAAGAUUAAUUAAAAGAAUUCGAAAGUAUAAAUAUUGAAAAAUUAGUUUGUUUGAAAAAAAAUGAAAUAAUUUUUUAAUAAAUUAUUAAUUUUUAUGGAAUUUAGAUUAAUGAUGAUAUUUUUGAAUAUUUAUAUUAUCAUUUUAAUGAAAACGGAUAACUUAGUAAGCAUAUUAUUUUAUUAUCUAAUUAUAUGAAAAACAUUGUCGAUUAAAAAUAGGAAAAAUAUAAAGAUUUAUAAAUUAUUAAUUGUGGAAUUAAAGUACUAUCUAAAAUUAAAGAUUAAACACAUGAAAUUAAUGUAUGCUUUUAUAUAUAAAAUAAUAUAUUUUUUAAAUAAUUAAAAAAGUAUAGAAUUAAAUAAUAAGGUAUAAUUUAUUUCUAUGAUAAAAUUAAUAAAUAAAAAAUUUCAUUUGAUAAUUAUGAAGAUUAUUUUUAUAUACUAAAAUAAUUACCAAAAAAAUUUGAUCAAUUACCAUAACUGAUUUAAUUUUAACUUUAAAAUGUUAAAAAUGGUGUAGUUAUUAUAAGCAUAAAUAAAUUAAAAGAAAGCGCUUUUACAGUAUGGAAGGGAAUUAAUAAUUUAUCUAUUUUAUUAAGCAAAGAAGAAAUCAAAGUAUUAGAAUUUAAAGCAAAAAAUAAUUUGUUUUAAAAGCAAUAAUGA